AUGUCCCCUAGCGCUAAAACCGUAUUCAACACACUGUACACCCUUAUAAAAUACCACGACCUCCCCGUCUUCAAUCGCUUUCCUUCUUCAUCAACCAUCCCAAAGACGGACUUCUCUCAGCAAGCGCAUCAUCCGCCGCCUGCAGCCGCAACUCGGCCAUGUCAUGGUAGUCUGCUCGCUGCUCCGGCGCCUUUGCCUGAUAGCGACCUCAGUAUCGAUCCUGGUCUGCUCGUUGGCGAUGUUUCUCCUUUCUUGGAUCUCCUCCCGCUCGAUUGCAGUUUUGACGGACAGGGAUUUGAUGGUACCACGUGGGAUUUCAGCAAUGGGAAUGACAACAACGUUCCUGUUAUCGAUGAGGGAUUGUUUGACAACAUCAUGAUUCCUGACUUGAGCGCUCUGGAUACGCAGUUGCUCGAUGUUGGAGAUGGCUUCCUCACUCCGGAGCAGCCUCUCAAUGUCAACUCUACACCCAUUGAGCAACCUUCAACUUCAACAUCCAGCACUCCCCAUCCCACGACAACAACAACCACAACCACCAACAAAUCACCCAUCCCAGGAACAUCCACCUUCUCUCUCCACCCCUCCCCCUCCUCAUCAUCCGGGUCCUCCCUCAAACGCAAAUCCUCACCCGAAGAUGAAGACGCAAACGUCACCCUCAAGCGCCAGCGCAAUACCCUUGCGGCGCGCAAGUACCGCCAGAAGCGCCUCGAUCGCAUUUCCGAACUCGAGGCUGCCCUGGCGGCUAUGACCAACGAACGGGAUGACAUGAGGCUUCAACUUGCCAGGAGGGAAGCUGAGGUGGAUGCUCUUAGGGAGAUGCUUGACAAGAAGAAAUAA